AUGACCCCAACAGUAGAAUCUCAGCAGCCACCGGUGGAGGCGGAGAAUACCACCAGAGUUGAAAAUGAAGUGCCGCCCUUCAAAUCGAAAGUCACGGUUGUGGGCAGUGGCAAUUGGGGCAGUGUUGCCGCUAAACUCAUUGCCUCCAACACCCGGAAGCUAAGCUCUUUUCAUGAUGAAGUGAGGAUGUGGGUGUUUGAGGAGACACUGCCUACGGGAGAAAAACUCUCAGAAGUCAUCAAUCAAACCAAUGAGAAUGUUAAAUAUCUUCCAGGAAUAAAGCUUGGUGAAAAUGUUGUUGCAGACCCUGACCUUGAAAAUGCUGUGAGGGAUGCAAACAUGUUGGUAUUUGUAACACCACAUCAAUUCAUGGAGGGCAUAUGCAGAAAGCUUGUUGGGAAGAUAAGGGAAGAUGCUGAAGCAAUUUCUCUGAUUAAAGGAAUGGAAGUUAAGAAGGAAGGUCCAUGCAUGAUCUCUACCCUCAUUUCUGAACAGCUUGGAAUUAAUUGUUGCGUUCUGAUGGGGGCAAAUAUUGCCAAUGAGAUUGCAGUCGAGAAAUUCAGUGAGGCAACUGUUGGAUACAGAAAACAUAAAGAGAUUGCAGAAAAAUGGGUUCAUCUAUUCAACACUUCAUACUUCAUGGUCUCAGCUGUCCAAGAUGUGGAAGGAGUUGAACUAUGCGGAACGCUGAAAAAUGUUGUGGCUAUUGCAGCAGGAUUUGUGGAUGGGUUGGAGAUGGGAAAUAACACUAAGGCUGCAAUUAUGCGAAUUGGUCUGAGGGAAAUGAAGGCCUUUUCCAAGCUCCUUUUCCAUUCUGUCAAAGAUACUACUUAUUUUGAGAGCUGCGGUAUAGCAGAUCUAAUAACAACUUGCUUGGGGGGAAGAAACAGGAAAUGUGCCGAGGCUUUUGCCAGAAAUGGCGGGAAAAGGUCUUUCGAUGAGCUCGAAGCAGAGAUGUUACAGGGCCAGAAAUUACAGGGUGUCUCAACGGCAAAAGAGGUUUAUGAGGUUUUAAGCCACCGGGGAUGGUUAGAGCUAUUCCCUCUUUUCUCGACGGUGCAUGAGAUCUGCAUUGGUCAUCUUCCACCUUCAGCAAUAGUUGAAUACAGUGAGCACACUCCCAAGUUUUCUCUUGCGGGAGGAAGAUUGAAGCAGCCAUUUGGAACUGGUCGAUCUUUAAUUUUACAAGAUUCACCGGAAAUAUCAAGGGAUAUGACAGCUGCAAUUGAAAACGGCAACAUAGGACCAGACUUCUUUGGUUUCUAUACGAGUGAAGUAGCAGAGUUAUUGUCUCAAGAUGAUGAUUUUGUGCCUUUCUUACCUCAAAUUUCUGGAUUAGCUGGAAACCUUCUUGAGUUGGACAGAGACAAGAGCAUAAGUAAGAACAGUUGCAUAAAAAAAGAGAACAGUGGUAUUAGUGGUUCUACUUCUUUAUACACUAAUGGAAUAGGUUCUCUACUGCCGGACUUUAAAAUGGAAAGGUUGAGGUCAUUGCUUUGCGAAAGUGUGCUUACUCUUGGGCAGGAAAUCAAUGAGAUGAUAGAUCCUGUGAUUUCGAUUUGUCGAAUACAAUCAUGCUUGAGAUACAAAAAUAGCCUAUUAACCUUUGAAGGCUCAGGAUGUGAAAUCGAUCAAGUGGAACACCCUCAGAAGAAGCUCAAAGUAUCGCCUCCCACAUUGGAUUCUGAAAAUGAACACGUGCAUUUGGAUGUACCAGGGAAAGAAGUAUCCAAUGAUGUCAAGAAGUCCCCUCAACUGUGGGUUGGGUCUGAUCGGACCAAGAUUGAUGGCGAUUUACGCUACAUCUUGGAGAGUGAUAGUACAAAAGUAGAGGAAUUGAUGAAGAAGUAUUCUGAUGAACUGUCCACCAUGAUUUGCCAUAUGGAACAAAAGCUUGAAGAACUUCUUGACAUUGUAAUGUCCAGUUGCAGGCCAAUGAACCUAAGGCUCUUCGUUGUCGAAGCAUUGUUGAUUCAGAGUUUACCUCCUGGAAAUCUUGAUCGUGUUGCGGAAAUUAUUAGACAUCGUAAUCCAUCCAAGAAUACUUCUAGUGAUGAGAUCCGUGUUGAUCUUGACGACGAGGAUAUAGUAACAUUAUGGAGAUUGUAUUACUAUGUAACAGCCGUUGAAAAAGCUAGGACGCUCUGUGAAGAUUUAUAA